AGGGGCGGAGGGACACGGUGAGGGCCGUGCAGAGCUAGCAGCCCCGGGCCCACUCGCGCUGUGCCCGCUGCCCGUGCGCUCCGGCCGCGCUCUGUGUCCCUGCGCUCAGCAUUCCCGGGGACGGCUUUGCGGGCGCGAAUCUCUGAGACAGGGGCGCCGCCCCACCCGAAGCAACAAAGCCCGGUGCAGGUGGGCUCGCGUCGCGACCAGCAGGUCUCGAUGGACACCUGAUCCCCUGCUGCUGCCUUUGUUUAAAAACCCAGAGGUUUUGUUGUGCUGAUUUCCCAGUCUAUAAUUUCUACUGUGGCCACAUGCAAAAGCAAUGUCAAUUACGUCCUUCUUAACCCCUGUGUGAAAAUUUGACUUUAAUAUACCUGUUCAUUCCUUCAACUUCAUAAAGAUGUCUGAGCCUGACUCUUCAUCUGGAUUUGCAGGGAGUGUGGAGAAUGGAACUUUCCUUGAGCUGUUUCCCACAUCGCUAUCCACAUCGGUGGACCCGUCCUCAGGCCACCUGUCCAAUGUCUACAUCUAUGUGUCCAUAUUCCUCAGCCUUUUAGCAUUUCUGCUUUUGCUUUUAAUUAUUGCCCUCCAGAGGCUCAAAAACAUCAUCUCCUCCAGCUCCUCCUACCCCGAGUACCCAAGUGAUGCUGGAAGUUCUUUCACCAACUUAGAAGUCUGUAGCAUUUCCUCUCAAAGGUCCACUUUUUCAAACCUUUCAUCCUGAAGAAAGUGGAAGAAUCCUUAAAGCAACAGCAGUUUCAGUUUUCCUUUAUGGGGAGUGUUGAGUCAUCAAAGAAAGGACCUCUUUGGGUUAGACCUGUUUUCCUCCUUCCUCUUUGAUUUCUUUUCUGUUCCCCGAUGCUUUUCAUUUCUGAAUGGAGAAGCAGAUGCUGACAGAAAUGCGUGCAAACUUGGAGGUGCAGAAUUUCACACAGACCGUUUGACAGAUCCGGAGCUGGCUUCUUGGAGGUUGACCAGCAUUUUGUUGUAUGUUCACUGGGAGGCUUUCUCAGAGAAUGCUGGGUAUGGGCUUUUGCACUUCAUUUCUCUUACAAAACCACAAGAUCAACUGAGCCAGCAGCACCUGGCAAAACUGAAUUAUUAAGAAGAUAUUCUCCAAACUUGAAAGAUAAAGCAGAGACACCAAAUUUAAAAAGAAAAAGAGAAAAAGUGAGUCAGUCUAGAAUUAAUGUGUAACAUUUCUAAACCGGGGGAAAAAAAUACACAAAAUGUUUUCUUUAAUUUCACUUUAACAAAUGAAAGUCACAUUUAUGGAUAGAUAUGACAUUUGGAAAAGUUUUGGAAGAGUUUGACUUUCAGUAGCAAGACAAAUAUGCGUCAUGAAGCAGUUUGUAAUGUAUCUGUGCCUCCUGGGCUUUUUCUUCUACUUAUGUUGCAGUUAUAAUAGCCCUCAAUUGUGGAAUUCUUUAUGAUAAUUGUUAUUACUGUUACUAAGAGAAAUACCAGAAGAGACACCAAGGAUUUUUUAUUUUCUGUCUAUAAUUUCUGUCAGUGGGAAUUAAGCCUAGGGAAAAUAUUCAUUUAGUUGUAUUUUAUACAGUCAUAACUUCUGGCAGUCAUGUAUGUUCCUUUAUUCAGCUUCCCAGUCUUUAUAAUUUUAGUGCAGAAUUAUAUUAAGGCCCCAAGGCAUCAGAUGUUUGUUCAUUCACUUCAGGUUGCAAAACUUAAGAGAUUAAAUUGCUGAUAUACAUGUUUUUAUAUACCCUGUGAAUGUUCUGUGUCUCUGAUAAUUAGUCAUUGUAUGUUAAUAGAAUAUUCUGCAUUAGGAUUCCAGGAUGUGUGCUUAUAUUAAAAUUCUAGACCCUCCAGUUGUCCCUGCUGAGAGCUUUAGUUAUGCCAGCAGCUGCCACACUGUGAUGAGUCAAAUACCUCUGAACUUGGAGGGGGGUCCUCAAAGUGAGAUGCUCAUGAGCAUAGAUGCUGAAUGUGGAAGAAAUCAAGCUGCCCCUAAAAGCAAAACAAAGCAAAUGCUACAGCUUCUUAAGAACAAGAAUCUUAAUUUAAUUUGAAAAAUAAAUGGCCCACAGCAUAAACACUGAACUUGAUCUGCGGAAGCCACUGCACCGACAUGCCAGUCUUCCCGUGGCAACGGAAUCAACCUUUGCUCACAACAUUUAAUGGUCUUAAAUGGUGGAGCUUCAACACGUCCUUAGGUUGGCCUGUGCAGUCAGCACUCUAAGGUCACAAGAAAGGGAAGAAGGAUCCACCGUGUUCCAGGGUCUGUCUUUGUCACUCUGAAAUGCUGAGAGAUUGAGGACCGGUAAGGAGGAUCAGAAGCCUUUAACUUCCUGUUCUUUUUUCAAUCCAUAAGCUUCACUUAAAUCUAACCCUGUUUAACUACUCAUAUACUCCAAACACCAUACAACCUGCACAGAGUUGCUGCCCUUAAAUGUAUAAUCAGUGAAAAAUUUGCCUCUGCUGCCAUUGAAAGCAUUAUGUAGUUUAAAAUUUGGACUAGAGAAACUCUGCUGUUUUAGAUCAGUAUUAGCAUUCUCUGAGUAUAUGUAUGUAUGUACAUGGAUGUGUAUAUAUAAAUAUAUAUGUAUUGUGUGUAUUCACACACACAUGCAGACACACACACACACACACACACACACACACACACACACACUUACUUUCAUAUGCUCCUAGUUGAAAGUUGUGUGAAAGCCACACAGGAGUACAGAGACACCUAUGAUGACACUUUUUCUUUUCAAUUAUUCUUGUGUUAUUUCGUUACUGAGAGGCAAAGGGACAUGGGUGAAGUGACUUUAAAAAAUAAAUGGACACAUGUUCCACACAGAACAGUAAAAUCUGAUUGUGAUCUGUCCUAAGGGGUAACUUUAUAGCCUUUCCUUCUGAAAGAGAUAUAAAGCCUUCUGACAGCAAAACUCCUUUAAAAAACAAAUCAAAUCAAAUCUGCAAGUACACUCCCACCCCUCUCCUGCCGCACGAUUUCUUGCACUCCAUGUUAAGUGGAGUAAUUAGGAACAACAUUCAAAAUGGAAAAUAGGAUUUGUCAUUACUAGCUUGCCAAGGUAACAGAUUGUACAACUUGAGAAGAAUUUGUGUUGUUUAAGAAGUUCAGAAAGGUUGGAAGAUGGGUUUAUAAAUAAAGAAGUGGAGUCCAUUGAAA